UACUCACAACAGGGGUCUGUUUUAUCUCUUGUUCACACUGGCAACCGUAGUAAUCAUCUGCUAUGCCGUUUUGACCUCAAUCGAACCCGUACCACUUUAUACUAUAGACUACACGGUUGAUCAUCGUGAAGCUCUACAUGCUAACUGUUUAAUCAUAGAUGAUGAAGAGGUCGAACAGAAGACUAAUAGCACAUUGCAUGACAAAUCACCACCGACCAACGUGACAAAUGGGACAAUCAGUCAACUCCUUCCAAGUAAUGGUACACUCAAACUAUGGAAAUUCAAUAAUGUCGAUGCUCAGCAGCUUUACCUUUAUGAAAGCCUAUUAAAACAGAAUUGGACUGCUGACCUGAAAGCUAUACAAACAUUGAGACAGCAGCUAUCCGAAUACCGUUCAGAACUUGGAGACAGGUCUGAGAUUAUAUUACAUCAAAGGAAUACGAAAGUGAAGCAGAAAAUUUAUUCUGUCUUUCGCAAUGGUGUAAUCGCGAUGCCACGGAAUAUUUUCAACCUUUUUCCAAAGACAGAUCCAUUAAAUCAGGAGACCAGGUAUCGAUCAUGCGCAGUGGUUGGAAACAGCGGUGUUUUGCUCAACAGCAGUUGCGGUAAUGACAUUGAUAAACAUGAUUUUGUAUUUAGAUGCAAUCUAGCGUCGUUAUCACAGUUCAAGAUUGAUGUCGGGAUAAAAAGUAGUUUGACAACAAUGAAUCCUAGUUUGGUGACUCGAACAUAUAAAGAACUAAAAAAGGCCGAAGACGUCAGGCAAUACAACCAAGAUAUCUCGCAGUAUGACGGUCUGUUAUGGGUCCCUUGCUUCAAUUACCCCGGCGAUAUAUACCGCAUUCCCAAAAUCUUUUCAAGCUUUAAAGGAAAGAAACCAAAGAUUGUCUGUGGCAAUCCCCAUCACUUCAGGUCGGUGAUGGAUUUCUGGAAGGAAAGGGGACUCACUAAUCCAUCUUCUACAGGUUUCUACCUCGUAUCAACAGCUGUUCAGGUUUGUGACGAAGUUCAUCUUUACGGUUUCUGGCCCUUUUCUGAGCGGUAUGGUGACAUAAAAUCUGACGUGAUGUAUCAUUAUUUUGAUAAUAUGACGUUCAGUAGUUUCCAUUCAAUGGACGAAGAGUUCAGCAUCCUUAUCCAACUACAUAUACGAGGAAUAUUGCGGAUAAAUAUUUGAUCAUGCAGGUUUUUUUUUAUCUCUACAAGAUUAAUUUUAAUACAGAAAGAAGAAAUAGAUCAUGCAGUGAAAUCUGGAUCUGGUAACACAAAGGUUAGCGAUUAAUCGUACACUCGAUUUUCACAAUUGAUUACACAUUGUAGUCAAUGGAAUCAGUUGUAGAAAAAUGUUCUACGAUCAUUGCCAAGCUUUGUGUUACGGGCCCCUGGUGUGAUGGAUUUUUGUGAUAUUUCUUGUGCUAUUUCUUUCAGUGAAAGAAGAGUUCAUUAUCCUUGAUUACAUACACUUGGAGCAUGAAUAUAAACAUGAUAAACGUGUUAUCUUUAAGACGCGUCAUGAAAUAAUAGUAUUUGAAUCACAUCAAUUUAUUAUUGAUAAACAUUUCUAUUUUAUUUGAUAGCCAUAUUAACAUGAAGUGCAGUAUUUUAACUUCUUAAUACAUAAAAUAUGGCAUAAUCUUUUUGGAAAACUCUUUGAAAGAAGUGAAGCUUUGUAAAUUGUGUCUGUAAGAUGCAAUCUUAUUACAAUUUGACUCUUUUCUUAAUUUUGUUUGAUUAGGCUACUUCGUUGUUGUUCCAAGCUUAUUAUAGCUUACCUGCAAAAUAGUGUGCAAUAUACCGGAAGAAACCAAUGUUACAAUUUACAUUAACACAAAUACUGUUGCUGAAUUUCACAUUGGUAAUGACUGAUUUUUUUAAAACGUUAUUUCAAAUUUAAUUUAUUUAAGUGUGCUAUAUUAACUGAUUUUUUAUUAAAAUCAAUCACAUCAUUUAACUUUGUUUAGCAGACCAUUAAUAUUUCAAACAUAUAUAUAUUUACAUAAUUAUAUCUUGAUGUUCAAUUAGCCCUACUUGCUUGUUUAUGUAUUGUGAUAUCAAACAUGAUAGCAAAAAGACAAUGAGGUAUUCAUUUGUUGUUAUCAUGUUGUAUUUUUAAUAAGUUAAUUCAUGAUUUGUAAAAUAAGAAAGUUAUGACAUUUUAUUGUUUCGCUUAAUUUCACAAAAUAUUUAUAUUCACAUCCUGGACGGGAAGCAAAAUUAAGGAGUCCCAAUCAUCCACUCACUAUUUCUUUUGUAUUUCAUUGCAUGGAAUAUGAAAUAUUCUAUUUUUUCUUCAUUUUCAUGUGAAACAAAGUUUUAUUCCUCCAUGAACAUGUGGAAUUAUCACUGUUUUUAUAUUUUGUGGUUCAAACAAGAGGCCCGUGUCAUUAUGGUCAAAUGUGUAAAAAAAAAUGAAAUAUUUUAUAAUAAAAAAUAAACAAAAAACAAAAAUAAAUAGAUAGGGACAUCGUCCACUCUCUUAUUUGCAUAUUACUGAGUUACUGAGUAACUGUUUUGAGAAAAAUAAGAGAAAAUUUAAAAUAUCACAACUUUUACAUCCAAUUUUGAUGAAAUUUUUGUUUUUGACAUUUUGAUGUGUUUUUAUAAAUCAACACCUUUUUUCUGGGAUGAACUUGUCCUUUAAGAAUUAUCGGGAGUGAUGUUUUUGUAUUUUUCUUACAAUGUAGUACUACACUGUUAAAAAGCAUUCGAAAGCACUUUAAAACCAUUAAACUUGACAU